AUGAUACUUUUGGCUAUGAUGACGGAGUUAUUGGAGGAAUACACGAUGGUGGUGGCGAGAAUGGUAGAGCAUCUCUUCAACGAAAUCCCUCUACCGUUGCCGAGAAGAGUUCGAUUUUUAAUAAUUAGAAAUCUCCCUUUCUCAAACCCUGCUCGUUCUGUUCCCAAUCCUCCUCCUUCUGUAAAUAGCAAUUAAGAUCUUCUUCUCUUAUCCUUAUACUUUUGUUUAACUGUUCAUCAAUAGAUCUGUUUCUUGCUUAAUUUUUAUGUGUUUUGUUUGUUCAUAAAUAGAGAUUGUCGUAC